AUGGCAUUGCAGGAGGUCACACAGUCCUUCAUCCGCCGUCUGCGGCUGUCGGAAAGGCCACUGAACCAAGUCUGGACGCAACAAUGCCGACGAUACGCCUCCGCUCCGGCUCGCGACGACACGGAGCAAUUGGAGAACUCUUCUUUUGUGGCUACGCCUGAGCAAGACGCCCUCACUGGUCAUGUGAACGAGUAUAGUCCAGCGGAGAAUGCGCGCAAAAGGAAGAAGCAGUUGCCGCCGAGCAGAUACUCUUUCCGUCCUCCAAAGUACUACCGCGGUCCACUUCAUCCCCAUCAACCGCCGCCUCCAUCCGAUCCCGUCUCUCGCGAAUUCGUUCCUGGCCCAUUUUCGAUGCCGAGACUUGAGCAGACAUACCAUGACACAUUCGCGCCGGAUCUGAUGACACUGGCUUACACCCACCAUCCACCUGGCUAUCAACACCCUCAGAAGGGUGCGCGACUGCGUGAAUGGGUCGGAGACUCGCCAUACUUCAAGAAUCGGCCGCUGCGUGGUCCUCGUGGUGGAGAGACACUGAAAUUGUUACGGAAACCGAUCACAUUUCGCAAUGUACCCAAGCUCGAGCGUGUCACGGUUCACACCUUUGUAAAAGGUGCCAUCAGCGACUCUGCACAUCUGCACGUGGCGGGAAUGAUUCUUCAGGCUAUUACAGGAGUCAAGGCAACUACACAUGCGACGAAGAAGAGCGUGGCAGGAUUUGGCGUGCGUGGAGGCCAAUACUUGAGCGCAACGUGCGAGCUGCGAGGGGAGUAUAUGUAUCAUUUUCUGAGCAAGGUCGUUGAUGUCGUCUUGCCGAAGAUCAAGGAUUGGAAGGGUAUCAAGGGCAGCACGGGAGACAGCUCCGGAAACUUGGCUUUCGGAUUGGAGCCAGAUGAGAUUGCGCUCUUCCCGGAGGUGGAGGUGAACUACGAUGCAUACCCACCAAAGAUGAUUCCUGGUUGCCACGUCGUCGUCCACACCUCCGCCACGACCGAUGUCGAUGCCAGAAUGCUAGUCAGGUCCAUAGGAAUACCUUUCUAUGGCAAACUUGUCGACUAG